AUGUCGUUCUUCUUCGGUCCUCCCAAGAAGGUCUGGAAGAGAGAUUUAUCGGCACCAUCUGAUCUUACCGAAGCUCAUAAACGUGCUAUUUGCCAAAACCCUGAAAUUCUGCAACUGAGACGCGAGAAAAGAGAGCUUAUGGCGGAGAUGCGGUCCGUGGCUGGCACAACCAAGAACGCCCGUGACGCCUUUCCACACCUCUUCCAAAGGCAUGAGACUGUCAAAAAAGACCUGGCCAAACUUCGGAAAACAUUGGCGAUCGAAACUCGCGAAACAGCCAGAAAGGACUAUUUUAAUAAUGCUCCCGUGAUUGAAGUUGACCGGCAGAUCAAGCAAAUGCUUCUCGGCGAAUCUGAUGUUGAGGAACGCGAUGCUGAUAGUUCCGCUGAAGAAGACUGGGAGCUCCCUAUCCCGGACUACGUAUUUCCUGAACGAGCUCGGCUUGUGGAGAACUUUUACGGUCCUGACGCAGUAGACUUCCAUGUGGACAAAUUACUUACUCGACGCAUUCAGGUUACCAAGGACAUGGUUGCGCUUCUACUGCUUUGCGAGCCGAGCAGGCGAGGCAACCGUGUUAAUUGGGAUCUCGAUGAAGAGGCAAACAUACCUAUUGAACAGCCCGAGCAACUGGCAUCUGAUGAUGAUACGCAAAUAUGUCCAACAGAUGUUUGCAUCAUCUGCUUUGGUGAAUCUCGUCGCUUGGCCUCGAACCCUCCUCCGCAUAAAUUUCCUUCCAAGCGACCGGACUCACUUCGUCGUCAUCUCAUCGACUCUCAUCUGCUUCAUGCACACGACGGGAUCAGCUGCAACUGGGAAGCAUGUCGCACUCUUCCCAAGUUUGCCAAAAUCACCGAAUUUUUAGCCCAUGCUAAUAAAGAACACAAAUAUGAUAUCAAUAUUAAACUAUGUCAUCUCACCGAAAGGCCACGGGUUAGCCACGGUGACGGUUCUUCCAGGGAAACAUCUAUGGAAUCAGAGAAUCGGAAAGGCACUGGAACUCCCGCCUCCUCCGUCGAUUUUGAUAUGACAAACAUUGAUCCUCGAUUGAUGAGGCCCGGCCCUAUCACCGUCGUGAAGCCAUCAGCCUGCCCGUCAAAAACCGACAUUUCCGCCUCCUCUUCUGGAUGCCCAGUGGCGACCACUGACUUAAAUUCGGCGGAGAAUUCUGCACGGCGAGUGACGAGGGGAACAGCAAAGGCGGCAAAUAUAGAACCUUGUCCUAAGCUGGAAUCUUCAUCACAGCAUGCGACGCGCUCGUCUCGAAAAAUUCAGCGCCCAGAAGAGCAGCCUGGGGGGCAGCAGAAGGGUAAAGGACGGCCAGGCAAAUCGAAAGCGUCUAGUGUUAUGUACGCCACGUCGGUCAAAGCGAUUACGAGCCCAGUGAUUUGUGGCCUUGGGGGGUGA